AUGUCUCUUUUGCCCCCAACCAAGCUUUUUUCAGACAGAACUACCCCCCCUCAACAGAUAAAAUACAACAUGCCACUAACAUCAGUUCAGAGCAGAGUUUCGUUCACAGGUAGAGCCUUGUGGGAUCUAGAUCUGCUAUAUAAAUCGCGAUCAAGUGUAGAGCACGAGGUCGAGAAGAGUGAGGUUGCCUUCCACAUCCGAGCCCUUUGUUGCCUGAGCACGUCGUUGGAAUCAUGCGUGAAACAUACCUCCACGGUGCCACCUCUCUCGACCGCUGUCGUGCGUCUAGAAAUUCUCCGGUUGUUGUCGCCGGAGGAGACGGCCGUCGGAAAGGGAUGCGGUCGAGAUGGAUCGACGGCUGUAGAGAUCGAACGCCAGUCGCCGGAAAAAGGAUGCGGCUGCCAUACCUUUAGCGAUGGCCGCCGGGGGUGGUCGAGCAUCUGGUGGUGGCCGGGUUCACUGUGUGUUCCGCCAGAAAGUGAUGCGGCCGAGAUGGAGCGAUGGCUGUAG